ACUCUUUUUAUCUGCAGUUCCUUAUUAAGAUCAUACAAGGUUCCUGAAAACAAAUAUAAAUUAUGUGCAUAUGCAUAUAUAUAUGAGUGUAAGCUUAAAAGAAAAUAAGCUUUAGAUUUGAAAAUUAAAAUGUGAAUGGAUAUUUGCCUUUUCUUCAUUGUCAAGGAAUUGGUGCACCAUUGGUACAGAGGACUGGAGUUAUAAAAAGUGGGGGAAAAAAGAUUGCUGCUAAAAUGAAUCUGACCGAUACAGUGUACUUUGUACCACACACGAAAAGGUACUGAAGAUUUAACAAAAAAAAAUUUUUUUCAUCAAUGUGAGAUAGAACUGACUAGGAUAUCAAAAAGCAAACCACUCACAAUACUGGUCAUCAUGCGUAAAGGAGUACCAAAGGACGCAGAAUUUAUUGAUCUGUUCUACAAAGAUGAUCCUGAAGAGGUUUUUAUUGAUUUGCAUGAAAUUGGACAUGGAAGUUUUGGGGCAGUUUAUUUUGCCACAAAUGCUCACACCAAUGAGGUGGUGGCAGUUAAGAAAAUGUCAUACAGUGGGAAGCAGUCACAUGAGAAAUGGCAUGAUAUUCUUAAGGAAGUUAAAUUUUUACGACAGUUGAAGCACCCUAAUACCAUUGAGUACAAAGGUUGUUAUUUGAAGGAGCACACUGCUUGGUUGGUGAUGGAAUAUUGCUUAGGCUCAGCCUCUGAUUUGUUAGAAGUUCAUAAGAAACCACUUCAGGAAGUAGAGAUUGCUGCUAUAACUCAUGGUGCCUUACAAGGGCUGGCCUACCUACAUUCUCAUGCAUUGAUUCAUAGGGAUAUUAAAGCAGGAAAUAUUCUCCUAUCUGAGCCAGGUCAGGUGAAACUCGCUGAUUUUGGAUCUGCCUCAAUGGCUUCUCCUGCCAACUCCUUCGUGGGUACACCUUACUGGAUGGCUCCAGAAGUGAUCUUAGCCAUGGAUGAAGGACAAUAUGAUGGGAAAGUUGAUAUUUGGUCACUUGGGAUCACCUGUAUUGAAAUGGCGGAACGGAAGCCCCCACUUUUCAACAUGAAUGCCAUGAGUGCCUUGUAUCACAUUGCCCAGAAUGACUCCCCGACAUUACAGUCCCAUGAAUGGACAGACUCCUUUAGGAGAUUUGUUGAUUACUGCUUGCAGAAAAUACCUCAGGAAAGACCAACAUCAGUGGAACUAUUACGGCACGACUUUGUUCGACGGGAACGGCCCCCACGGGUCCUCAUUGACCUCAUACAGAGGACAAAAGAUGCUGUUCGAGAACUAGAUAACCUACAGUACCGAAAAAUGAAAAAAAUCCUGUUCCAAGAGACACGAAAUGGACCCUUGAAUGAAUCACAGGAGGAUGAAGAGGACAGUGAACAUGGACCGACCCUGACCAGGGAAGUGGACAGCCUGGGCAGCAACCACUCCAUCCCGAGCAUGUCCGUGAGCACUGGCAGCCAGAGCAGCAGUGUGAAUAGCAUGCAGGAGGUCAUGGACGAGAGCAGCUCUGAACUCGUCAUGAUGCAUGACGAUGAUGAAGGCACAGUAAAUUCCAGCUCCUCUGUUGUGCACAAGAAGGAUCAUGUAUUCAUAAGGGAUGAGGCGGGCCACGGCGAUCCCAGGCCUGAGCCGCGGCCUACCCAGUCAGUUCAGAGCCAGGCCCUCCACUACCGGAACCGAGAGCGCUUUGCCACGAUCAAAUCAGCAUCUUUGGUUACACGGCAGAUCCAUGAGCAUGAGCAGGAGAACGAGUUGCGGGAACAGAUGUCAGGUUAUAAGCGGAUGCGGCGCCAGCACCAGAAGCAGCUGAUCGCCCUGGAGAACAAGCUGAAGGCUGAGAUGGACGAGCACCGCCUCAAGCUACAGAAGGAGGUGGAGACGCAUGCCAACAACUCGUCCAUCGAGCUGGAGAAGCUGGCCAAGAAGCAAGUGGCUAUCAUAGAAAAGGAGGCAAAGGUAGCUGCAGCAGAUGAAAAGAAGUUUCAGCAACAGAUCUUGGCCCAGCAGAAGAAAGACUUGACAACUUUCUUGGAAAGUCAGAAGAAGCAGUAUAAGAUUUGUAAGGAAAAAAUUAAAGAGGAAAUGAAUGAGGACCAUAGCACACCCAAGAAAGAAAAGCAGGAGCGGAUAUCCAAGCAUAAAGAGAACUUGCAGCACACACAGGCUGAAGAGGAAGCUCACCUUCUCACUCAACAGAGACUGUACUACGACAAAAACUGUCGUUUCUUCAAGCGGAAAACCAUGAUCAAGCGGCACGAGGUGGAGCAGCAGAACAUUCGGGAGGAACUAAAUAAAAAGAGGACACAGAAGGAGAUGGAGCAUGCCAUGUUAAUCAGGCACGAUGAGUCCACCCGAGAGCUAGAAUAUAGGCAGCUGCACACGUUACAGAAGCUACGCAUGGAUCUGAUCCGUUUACAGCACCAGACUGAACUGGAAAACCAGCUGGAGUACAAUAAGAGGAGAGAAAGGGAACUGCACAGAAAACAUGUCAUGGAACUUCGGCAACAGCCAAAAAACUUAAAGGCCAUGGAAAUGCAAAUUAAAAAACAGUUUCAGGACACUUGCAAAGUACAGACCAAACAGUAUAAAGCACUCAAGAAUCACCAGUUGGAAGUUACUCCAAAGAAUGAGCACAAAACAAUCUUAAAGACACUGAAAGAUGAGCAGACGAGAAAACUGGCCAUUUUGGCAGAGCAGUAUGAACAGAGUAUAAAUGAAAUGAUGGCCUCUCAAGCGUUACGGCUAGAUGAGGCUCAAGAAGCAGAAUGCCAGGCGUUGAGGCUACAGCUCCAGCAGGAAAUGGAGCUGCUCAAUGCCUACCAGAGCAAAAUCAAGAUGCAAACAGAGGCACAACAUGAACGCGAGCUCCAGAAGCUAGAGCAGAGGGUGUCUCUGCGCAGAGCACAUCUUGAGCAAAAGAUUGAAGAGGAGCUGGCUGCCCUGCAGAAGGAACGCAGCGAGAGAAUCAAGUUCCUAUUGGAAAGGCAAGAGCGAGAGAUUGAAACUUUUGACAUGGAGAGCCUCAGAAUGGGAUUUGGGAAUUUGGUUACAUUAGAUUUUCCUAAGGAGGACUAUAGAUGAGAUUAAAUUUUUUGCCAUUUACAAAAAAAAGAAAAAAGAAAACAAAAAAAUUCAGACCCUGCAAAACCACAUUCCCCAUUUUAACGGGCGUUGCUCUCACUCUCUCUCUCUCUUACUCUUACUGACACCGUGUCGGACUAGUGCCUGUUUAUUCUUAAUCCAUCAGGGGCCCUUCCUCCCCCCGUGUCAACUUUCAGUGCUGGCCACACCCUGGCCGUCUCUUCUAUCCAUAGUACACGUCACAGUAUUGAUGUGAUCCGAAAUGUUUCAGUGAAACCUUGGAGACAGUUUUAACAAAACCAAUAAACCCACAACAACAAAGUGGAUGUAUAUUGCUUUAAGCAAUCACUCAUUACCAACAAUCUGUGAAAGCAAAGCAAAAAAAAAAUUAAUAAUAAUAAUAAUAAUAAAUGCCAAGGGGGAGAGAGACACAAUAUCCGCAGCCUUACACCUUAACUAGCUGCUGCAUUAUUUUAUUUUAUUUUAUUUUUUUGGUAUUUAUUCAUCAGGAAUUAAAAAAAAACAAAGUUUUAUUAAAGAUUGAAAAUUUGAUACAUUUUACAGAAACUAAUUGUGAUGUACAUAUCAGUGGUGACAUAUUAUUACUUUUUUGGGGUUGGGGGGGUGGGUGGGGUGAAGAGAUCUUGUGAUUUUUAAGAACCUGCUGGCAAGAGUUUAACUUGUCUUCAGCAUAUUCUGAUUGUAUCAUAAUCAUUUUCUGCGGUAGCAGAGGAUGUGAAUACACUUACAGAGCUCACAGAAUCCCAGUAGCACAAAUUGGGCUUUGGCAAAUCGUGUAUUUUGUGUAUAGAAGGAAUUUAAGGAGAGGUAUUACUUAUUUUCAUAUUGUAUUUUAACUGUUUCUCUGAUCAAAUUUUUUUACUUCCUCCUCCUGUUCCUCCUCCCACCUCCCUCCUUUUCCAGUUCAGUAUUUGGAGUUCUACACUGUCUCUCAAUCAGAUCAUCUUGACCUUUUUCUUUAUUUCCCUGCCCCCUUCCUGAGUCCCAUCUCUUGGUCAUAAAUAUUGCAUUAUUCACACUUUCAAACUGUGUAUUUUCUUACAAUAAAAAAUGAUGAAAAAAAAAAGGCUUUACUUCUUUUGCAUGCACUUUAAAAAAAAAAAACGAAACAAAACAUUUUUCAGGUUCCAAGGAAGAGCAUGAUAACUGUCAGAGCUUUUAAUUAUAUUUGUAAAUAAAAGUGUUCAUCACA